AGUACGAUAAAUGCAGGGGGAAAAGCCUUUCUCAGGAUCUCGCAAAAGGUUUUAUGGGAUCUUGCAAAAGUACAUUGUUUUGUGUGGGUGGGGGGGGAUAAAAGAACGUGUAAAAGAAGUGUCUCUGUUUUUAUGUGAUUAAUGAGUGCAGCUGUACAGACAACAGUGACAGAAUGUUUAAUUGUGGAAACACAAGUUUCUCUUGUGGCUCAGAUAAAUAAAUAAUAGUAUCUGUACAAUUUACACAAUACUUCUUCUCUGGUUUAAUUUGUUUAUACCACUUUUUAAUUUACUCAGAAUUGCCUCUCAAGAUGCUAUUAUUACAAAUUCAUGACUUUAUUGGGUUUUAACGUAAAAUAAACAGUUUAGUCGUAUGAAGAGUGACUUAAAAAACAAAUGAAUAAAAAUGCAUCCUAAACAAGAGCUUGACUCUGAGGAGGUUAAGAAACUGUAUAUUCUGUUUGAGAUGCAUGCACAGUAUAGAUUUACAAAAUGAAUCUUAGGAUUUUUAAAACUAAAAUUUUAACUUGUCACAAAUAAAAUGACCGACUAGCUUAUGCAGCCAAAAUACAUAAUCCUAAAAGCUGUUGCCUUCUUUCCACAGAUGACCUGCUUACAUAUAUUUAUAUCUUUUUUAAUCACACAAAAAGAACACUUCAUCCUGUUGUAGAUUUGCAGCGAUGUCAAAAUGAAAGAUAAACAAAAGUCUUUGUUUACACUGUGAAGGCACAGUGCCGGUCAGACAGACCCUGUGAAGGUUCUUGUUAUGAAACUGUUCAAACAAAGCAGAAUGUUUUCACUCUGAAUCAAUAAAAAACAGCUGGGUUUCUGUAUCACACAUGAUGUAGACAGUAAAAACCAUGUCCAGCUAUACACAGUAGUAAAGUUUAGCAAGUACGCUAUACAGUACAUGCUUUCUUUGCUUUCUACAGAUAUCAUAUAUCUGUAAAAUUGCUCUAAUUUGUGAGUGAUUUAUUUUUAUUACCUCAGUGCAUCACAAUAGACAAAACAACAUUUGGAGCAUUUGAUUGGCAGCUGUGGACAACAAAUAGGAUGUGAGGUCCUGACAGGCUAUCAUUAACCAUACCUUAUAAAAGUCAACAUAUUUGCAGGAUACUUUUCACAGAAUCUGCUGUUCUUUUCUGUGAAGUCAUGGCCCUAAAGCAGACUUAUUGUCGCCUUUUAUUGUUUGCCCUGCUGGGCUAUAGAUCGAAUGCCCAAACUUAUGGGCAAGGGUCUCAGAACCCUCAGAAUCCUGGAUACCCACCAUCUCCACAGGGGCAGAAGCCAAUCAAUAACCCUGAAUACCCUCAGCAGCCUCAGCAGCCCAGAAAACCUCAGAACCCUCAAAAGCCUUUAGAGCCAUUUCACACUUGUGAAGUUGCAGAAAACUACAAGAUACCCUGCGGCACUAAUGAAAUCUCUGCUUCCGAAUGUGACACUAUAAACUGCUGCUUUGAUGGACGCAUGUGCUAUUAUGGCAAAUCUGUGACACUUCAGUGCACCAAGGAAGGCCUGUUCAUCGUGGUGGUGGCCAGAGAUGCAACUCUGCCCAACAUUGACUUGGAGACAGUUUCUUUCUAUGAGAAUGGUCACAGCUGCAAUCCAGUUGGCAGCACUUCAGCUUUUGCCAUCUAUGAGUUCCCUGUCACUGCCUGUGGUACAAUUGUAAAAGAGGAACCGGGUGUUCUAAUCUACGAGAACAGGAUGUCUUCCUUAUACCAAGUGAUUACUGGACCCCACGGAUCCAUUACCAGGGACACCUACUAUGAGCUGUUGUUCCAGUGCAGAUAUGUUGGCACCACAGUUGAGGCUUUGGUUAUUGAUAUUGGUCUGGUUCCUCCGCCAAACUCAGUUGCAGCUGCUGGACCUGUGCGUGUAGAACUCAAGCUGGCCAACGGACAAUGUGUUGCCAAGGGUUGUGUUGAAGAAGAAGAAGUGUACACUUCCUUUUACACUGCUGCCAAAUACCCUGUCAGAAAGGUUUUGAGGGAUCCUGUUUACGUUGAGGUCUACUUGAUGGAGAGGACCGAUCCCAACCUUGUCUUAACUCUUGGAAGAUGUUGGGCAACCUCGGAUUCCUAUCCUCAUAGUCUUCCUCAGUGGGAUUUGCUGAUUGAUGGCUGCCCCUAUCGUGAUGACCGCUACCUAACAACCCUGCUUCUCAGACCCUCAUCAGGAUUCAAGUUUCCACCACAACCGCUUUGUUUUCAAAAUGUUCCAUUUUGUAGGUGAAGGUAGUUCAACCCAGCCAGCAGCUAAAAAGCCAAACAUUAUGCCUCCUUUACAGGAAUAGCUGUACAUCCACUGUAACGUAGCUAUUUGCCAACCUACUCUUGGAAAUAACUGUGAACCCAGGUGCUUCAGA